GACGGUCACAAUAGUUAUUUCGUCGGCUAUUCCUCAGAAUUAUUGAGUGAUUUCGAUGCGAAAACUUUUGCUGAAAUCGCUCAGUUGAAAUCCCGAAUUCAUUUAUUAGACACCACUAUAUCUCUUCAAACAUUCUCAAUUCUUCUUUCAGAACUAUUCAAUCCAUCAGAGAUGAAAGGUAAAAAACAUAGUGUCUGACCAUCAAGAGAAAACCGUUAUGGACGCGAAAUUAAACGAAGACGAAAACCGUGGAAUGAGCUUUCCGAUCGACAGCGAAAAAAUAUUGACAGAGAGAAUCGUAACGGACUAGGGCCAUCAUCUUCACAAAUCAAUCAAAGACUCAAUUUCUCGAAACCUCCUGACCCAGCUAGUAGCUCUCAUUCCUCCUCUAGCGCCGUGAUUCGUAGCUAUGAUGAAGCUAAUAUGCUUCCAUUCGAGUCAAUCCGAAACUACGAUGAUUCAGAAAUGGUUCCAACUUGCAGUCGCUGUCCUUCUUCCCAUGGGGAAAUGGAUAUAGAUAUUCCAGAAGAAAUCACCUCAUCUCCCCCGUUGAAUACUACUCAGCCUACAAGCUUCAAAGACGACCUAAGUCAGGCGUAUUGACAGACUAACGUCAAUCAUGUUCAAGGGGAUGCUAUACUUCGUGUUCUUCUCGGUCAUCACUGUUUUCAAUCAGUACUACCGAAAACAACUCGGAAAUUAUUAAACACCCCCCGAAAACCUUCACAAUUGAAAGUGGUUCAUCCAGGGGAAUACUUACACUUGGGUUUUGCCCAAGCAUUACAGGCAAUACUGGUCCUCGUUGAUGUUGGGUUUUGCCCAAGCAUUACAGGCAAUACUGGUCCUCGUUGAUGUUAACGUCAUACCAGAUCAUUUAUUAGUUGACUUCAACACGGAUGGUGCCACUCUCAAUAAGUCAGUGAAGGGUACGAUUUGGUCGAUCCAGAUAAUUAUUGCUAAUAUUCCUGGUUCCAAGCCGGAAGUAGUUGGAAUAUAUAAGGGGAAAGAAAAGCCAGCCGAUGCUUAUGAUUUCUUCCAAUAUUUUUUGAAUGAUGUCGAUGCAGUUGCAGCUGCUGGAGGGAUUCUCUAUAAUAAUAGACGCCUCAAAGUUUCAUUAAGGUUGUUCCGCGCUGAUGCUGCAGCUCGGGCGUUUAUGUUGAAUCACUUCGCGCAUAAUUCAAAAGUGCCCUGCUCGAAGUGUAAAAUCGUGGGAUGUGCCUGUUCUGAUAAUCCUAAAAAGAGGAAAGGCUUAGCUUACAUUGGAGUAAAUUGGGAACCACGCACAAAUCUAGAGUACGCUCUCGCUAUCGACGGAUCGCAUCAUAAGGACGGCGAAUGUUGUUUGAAAAAUCGAAUUCCUCUUGUUACAAAUGUUCCCUUCGAGGUUCAGCACUUGACAUAUCUUGGAGCCAUGGACAAAUUCUUAAGUGCUAUCAUUGGUGGAAAUAUCAAACGUUCUGUUAAAUUGUCGUUUGAAAAAUUGCGUAGGGCAGAAAACCGCCUUCGAGUUAUCUCGAAUUGUUGUCCACGCGAUUUUUCUAGACAUCCUGAGAGUUUUGAGCGCUACACGAAGUUCAAGGCUACUGAAAAUCGACAAAUACUUCUCUAUACUGGAAUUGUUAUAUUCUCCGGAAUAAUCGAGGAAGAAACAUAUAAUUAUUUCCUACUGCUCCAUUCAGCAAUGCGAGUUCUCGUUCAUAGACAUUCCACUCCACAACACGUUGCAUUUGCUGAAAUGGCAAUGCCUGUUUACGUUGAACAUUGUCCCAAAAUUUUCGGAUGUAAAUAUAGUUGAUAUAACAUUCACGGUCACCUGCAUACGAUUGAUGAUUAUAAAAAUUUCGGCCCACUCGACUCGAUCUCCACAUUUCCCUUUGAGAACAACAUGACCAUUUUCAAAAAAUACUGCCGUAAACAAAAUCAAAGCUUACAACAGAUCAACAACAGGCGAUCAGAAUUGAUAAAUAAAAAAUACUCUCAUCGUAAGACUGAUUCUCCUAUUACAGCAUCUCAACAACACACGCUAGGUCCUUUACCGAAUUUACCAUUACUUGGUUAUACUCAAUACAAGAAAGUAUGUUAUCACAAACUCACAUUUCGACUUGAUGCUCGUGAUAAUACGUGUAUAACCCAAGAGGGUAGCAUUUGUAUUAUUAAGAUUAUCCUUCUCACAAAUGGUUGUCACCACUUGUUAGUGCAAAAAUUCAAAGUAGCGGAACUAUUCUACGACGUAGGUUUACCAUCAACUGAGUUUGGUGUUUAUAAGUGCUCGGAUUUGCAAACCGAUCUCUCUCUCAUCUUAAUGACUGAUGUAAAAAUAAAAUGCUUCCGAAUGCCGCUCUGGUCACGUAGACAACAAACUAAUAUGAAUUUGCCUGAAUUACCUCUUCAAGGUUGUUUUAUUGUCGCAGUGUUAUUGCAUGAAAAUCCAAUGGUUCCGAAUCCCGGUGAGAUUUCGUAGACACGGAACCAAAAUCAAUUCACGUCAAUCAACUAUUUACACUGGAGGUUAUUUAUGAAGUUAAUUCAGGGAAUGAGUUGACUCAAAAGCAUGAGAGUAAAAAAGCAGAUUGUUUUUUUUUUUUUUUAAGCUGAGCAAGCACAGAAACAGAAAUACCGGAAAACAUAGCCAGAGGGAUGAAACACUGGAAAGAUCUGAAUCUCCGGACGACAUGUUUUCUUCACCUUCAGGAAGAAGAUGAAGACUUCCGUCUUACCACUGCUAUCGACAAUAUUCGAAGCGAUUUACAACGGAAAAAUUCAUCCCAGAGUAACAAGCAGUUCAAACCUUGUCAUUCUCCUUUUGAUGACUCUGAUGCAGAGAACAAGAGUUCAAAUGCCAACGUGACCAGAAACUCUACUCCUUCAACUCCGUCAGUAUCGCCCCUAAGUUACCUCGGUCCCUUUGGAUCGAACGACAAAGACAUUGAGGCUAUAAAGGCUCGAAAGAAGGAAGAGAGAAAAGCAAAUUUACAUCAAUUACAUUUGUAUAAGAGACAAUUGAGACUGAAUCAGAAUAAUGAAGUUGUUCAUGCUGGAAACAGUGAUGAAGAUGAAAGGGAUCUUGUACGAGGAUCAGCGGGGCGAAAGAGGGAAGCUGAGAACAUUAAAUCACAGCAGAAUAUCUCUAAAGUGAGAGAGGAUCAUCUAUCGGACAACACAGACACUGAUGACGAAGGUGUUCUUGGAGCAAAAGCCGUAAAAGAAAAGAUUGACCAAGAACACAUGAGAAGGAAGGCAGGAAAGCAAAUACGAGACAGUAUAAAAGAGAAAAGAGAGCUAGAGGAGAGACGAACACGAGAUAUCGAGGAGGAAGCGAGGCGAUCACGAGAGCUACGAGAGGAACAAGAAAGACAAGGACGAGCUGUCGAAAGAGAUAGGCGAACACGUGAUAGUGAAGAAGAAGGUAGCACACCAGAUUCACAUGCUGGGGAGGAUGAAGAAAGCGACUCUCAUAACGAAGUCGAUGCUGAUAUAAGUAAUAACAUCUUGAGGGAUAUGCUGAUACAUCAUCAUAAGGUCAUGAAAGAAGGAAUAGGGAAAUUGUACGGUAAAGUAUCAUUUAUGAAAAUUAAACUAUCUAGUGUGGAGAAGAAAGUUGCAGACCUCGAGAAAGUCUUGGAAACCCGUGACGGAGACAUUGAAGGGAUGCCCCUCGUACGACUUGAUUGUUUACCCAUUCGAUCAGAGGCCGAGUGGAAUUCUUUUGAGGAUGAGAUCAGUGAUGCAACGUAUUCGAAUGUAGUUAAAUACUUCGUUGGACUCGGAGGAUGCACCCUUCGGGACGCGAUUGGUUUGUGUGUGAAGAAAAUUUUCGAAGGAGGAAUCAUAAAUGAUGUGACCUGAACAGGUACCGGUCCAACGGACAGACUUCGCUUCGAAGGGACAAAGCUCGCUCGAUGCCUGAGAGGUGCCAUGCGCAGGACUCAAAAAAAUGGACAUUUCCCAAAUUUCACAGAACAGGAGUUCCAUGAUAAUGUAAGGGCCGCUCUGAAAUCUGAUAAACAAAGAUUAAGGAACAGCGCUCGCCACGAUCCUCAGGGACAACAGAACGAUGGUGUUGGACAAGAGAUUCCAUCGAAACGCGGUCGACUUUCGAAAGCUCAGAAAGCGGCUAUGGAUGAUGGAGAACGGGUGUACAACUCAUGAACCAUCGCAUUGAAGUUACUCUCCGUUAUGCUCAUACUUUUCUACUUCAUACUUAUCAUUCAA